CCCACUUGUUGAGAGUUUGUCAAAUGUAUGGGGUCCAUACAGAUGCGUCUUUAGAAAGGUGUGUAUCUGACCCCCUGCUUUGAGGAUUUACCUAGACUUAGGAAUUGAAGAAGAGAUCAUCAGGACGUUUGAUUGUUUUUGGGGUUUUGUUUUUUUGUUUUUGUUUUUUUAGAGGCUUUGCUCCUGAGGACGUUCUUCACCAGCAGCAUGGAAUUACAAUGAGUUAGCCAAUCUGUGCUGUGUUUAUAGAAGCGGAUUGUAAGGACGUUUAUGUGUGAUAUUUUGGAGAGGGCAGCUUGAGGAUAAAGUGUUCCUUGAGGUUUACUGCCCCCUUGAAUUAGUGGCUGGACCACAGUAGCCACAUCCAGAUGUGUAGAUGUGUGUGAGAGAGCACCAACUGAUUAUUUACAGCAACGCCAGUGAACGUUGGCCUCUUCACACCACACAUACUCUUUGCUCCUUCAGCAAUAACAAAGUUAAUGGUUAAUCUAAGUACAUAUGCUUAAUUGUUAAAGCCAAGCCCUGUUUAUGGAAGGAAGACUAUUCUGAUACACUGAGUUCAUUUGCUCCAGACCAGAGACGUAGAAGCCUGGGGUUUCUUUGGUAUGGAUUCAUCUCCUCAGUGAAAUCACCAGGAUUGACCAAAAGAAGCAGCCACCAUGUCGAAAGGGUCCCUCAUAUCCAAGGCUGUUGCUGCUGUCGCCGUCAUCCUGACUGUCUCUGUUAUAGGGGGAAUUAUCACCAUGGUCAUUGUAUACGAGAAGAUGCUUGCCACGUUGAAUCCAACACCCCGGCCAACCUUACCAACAACAACCACAGCACCCCCACCGGUCUUGAGGCUUCCAGGGAGUCUUAUACCUGAGAGUUACAAGAUUUAUCUCCAGCUACACUUUUACCCCAAGAUCAUUAAGGAGGUAAAUGUCACCAGCCCCAACCAGACGAUGCUCUUCACUGGAAACUCUACUGUUAAGUUCCGCUGCAUCCAGACGACCAAGACCAUCUACCUUCAUAGUGACCAGCUCAAAGUUUAUGGUGAAAAAGUAGUAAACACAGAAACAAAUGAGGUGAUAGGUGUUUACAGUGUCAGCUCCGAAGACAGUCCAAAAAACUUCCUGAAAAUCAUGUUGAACGAUAUGCUGGAGAAAGGUGGCAGUUAUAGCCUAUUUUUGACUUUUAAGGGAGAAAUGUCUGGUCUUACUGGGCUUUAUAUGAGCACGUACACUGAGGGUCCCACAGGUGAUGGAGACGAUGGACAGAGAUUUCUAGCCACCAGCCAAAUGCAGCCGACAUAUGCCAGGAGUGUGUUUCCGUGUUUUGAUGAACCAGCGAUGAAGGCCAAGUUUGACGUUACCAUCAUCCACAGAAAAGGCACUACAGCUCUCACCAACUGGAUGUUUAAAGACUCCAACUAUGAGGGCGACUGGAAAAACACGCAUUUUGUGUUAACAAAGGAAAUGUCCACGUACCUGCUGGCCUUCACAGUGUCAGAGUUCACAGCGACUACUUCAAGUUACGAGCACGUAACAAUUAAGACGUACGCGCGUCCUGAGGCCACAAAAGCUGGAUCCACUCAGUAUGCAGCCAGUGUCACCGGAAACAUUCUUGAGUUUUACGAGGCUCAUUUUGGAAUCAAGUACCCUCUGUCAAAGCUCGAUCAAAUUGCAGUACCAGACUUUUACAAUGGAGCAAUGGAAAACUGGGGGUGUAUCCAUUACCAGGAGGAAAGCCUGCUCUAUGAAGAAGGCGUGUCCUCGGAGCUGCACAAGGAAACAAUCAUCACGAUCAUUGCACAUGAAAUAGUACAUCAGUGGUUUGGAAAUCUGGUGACAGUGAGUUGGUGGAAUGAAACCUGGUUGAAUGAAGGCUUUGCAAGCUUCAUGGUGUAUUUAGCAGUCAAUGACAUUGAGUCUACUUUCAACAUGAAAGAUGCAUUAGUAAUUCAUGACCUCCACACGGCGUUUGCUGAAGAUGCUCUCACCUCCUCCCAUCCACUCAGUUCUCCAGCGAAAGAUGUCCAGACGCCCAGUCAGAUCUCUGAGAUGUUUGAUGAUAUUACGUAUGCAAAGGGGGCGGCUGUCCUGAGGAUGUUGGAGGACUUUGUGACUCCCAGAGUUUUUCAUGCUGGGAUCAAAAUCUACCUGAAUGCCUUCCAAUAUGGAAACGCUGACCAGCAUGGUCUCUGGAAGUCCAUACAACAGGCAGCAGAUGAUGACCACUUACCCAUCCAGGUCGCAGACGUGAUGGACACGUGGACGAAUCAGAUCGGUUAUCCUCUCAUCACCAUCAACACGACCACUGGAAACAUCAAACAAAGGCACUUUUUGUACAAUGACACUAAAGAGUCCAGACUUCAGUGGAAUAUCCCAAUCAAUUACAUGUCAAAUACAUCUGGACCUGACCUGGCCUGGCUGCGUACUACGUCAGAAAACAAAGAGGAGUUUGCAGUGAAAGAUAAAGGAUGGAUCCUAGCAAAUGUUAACUGUACUGGAUACUUCAGGGUCAACUAUGACCCAGAGAACUGGAACAGACUCAUGACUCAGCUGGAAACAAACCCACAGCGCAUCCCAAUGAUCAACAGAUGGCAGCUUAUUGAUGAUGCAUUCAACUUAGCAAGGGCAAAAAUUGUUAAUGUGACUCUUGCACUGAAUUCAACCCGCUUCCUGAAGAAUGAGACGGCAUACCUUCCCUGGGAGUCAGCAGUGAUGAACUUUGCGUACAUUGUGCUGAUGUUUGACCGCUCCGAGGUCUACGGACCCAUGCAGAUGUACCUGCGAGAGCAGAUUAAAGGACUUUACAACUUCUUCAGGAACUACACAGACAACUCAACAGUUCCAGAGGACCACUCACUGCAGUACAACCAGAUCCUGGCUGUCAGUGUCGCUUGUGGCAAUGAACUCCCAGAAUGCCAGGAGAUGGCGAAAGAGAUGUUCGCUUUCUGGAUGGUAAACAGAACCAACAUCAGUAUCCACGUCAACCUGCGGUCGGUCAUCUACUGCCAAGCUGUGGCCACCGGCGGGCAGGAGGAGUGGGAGUUUGCCUGGGACAAGUUCCAGAAGGCAACUGACACCUCAGAGAAACAGCAACUGCGUGAAGCGCUUUCCUGCACCAAGAAGCUCUGGCUGCUCCACAGAUAUCUGGAGUACACAUUGAUGCUGACAAGUGAGGGUGCCGCAGUGAUUGACAGCGUGACCAGAAGGUUCUCAACAGACUUUGAGCUGCAAGAGCUGAAACGUUUCCAGAAUGACUAUGAUCUGGGUGCUGCCAGCAGGGCGGUGGAACAGGCCAUUGAGCAAACCCAGAUCAACAUCCAGUGGGUCAAAGAGAACAAGCAGACAGCCAGCAUGACAAAUAGGUGCGGCAAACCAAGGACUGUUGCCACCCUCUUAACCAUUCUGACCGUCUUGGUCAUAGUUGGUAUUAUCACUUUGAUUGUAUAUAAGGAUGAGCUCUCAUCCACAAGACCCCCACCGGUCUUUAGGCUUCCAGGUAAUGUUAUACCUGAGAGUUACAAGCUAUAUCUCCAGACGCACUUUUACACCCGCAUUAUUAAGGAGGGAAACAUCACCAGCACCAACCAGACGAUGCUCUUCACCGGAAACUCUACUGUUAACAUCCACUGCAUCCAGCCAACCAAAACCAUCUACCUCCACAGUGAGCACCUCACAGUUUCUGAAGAAAAAGUAGUAAACAGAAACACAAAUACGAUGAUAGGUGUUCACAGAGUCAGCAACCGUGAGGAAUCGGAGAACGUUCUGGAGAUCACAUUAGAUGACGAAUUGGAGGCAGGUGGGAAUUAUAGCCUAUUUCUGGCUUUUAAAGGAGAAAUGUUUGGAUAUGAAGGGCUGUAUUUAAGCGAAUACACUGAGAAACAUCCAGCUGAUGAAGACAACAAAGACGAUAAAGAAACUGAAGAGAGAUUUCUAGCCACCAGCCAAAUGCAGCCAACAUAUGCGAGGAGCGUGUUUCCAUGUUUUGAUGAACCAGCGAUGAAGGCCGAGUUUGACGUCACUAUCAUCCACAGACAAGGAACUACAGCCCUCGGAAACUGGGUGCAGUCAGACUCUGGCAUCAUAGACGAUGACUGGAAGUACACCCGCUUUCACCAGACAAGGAAAAUGUCCACGUAUCUGCUGGCCUUCACAGUGUCAGAGUUCACGUCGACGCCGUCGGCACAUGAGCGCGUGACGAUUAAUACGUUUGCUCGUCCUGAGGCCACUGAAGCCGGACACACGAAAUAUGCAGCCAGCAUCACCGGAAAGAUUCUCACAUUUUUUGAGAAUUACUUUGGAAUUGAGUAUCCUUUGGAGAAGCUUGAUCAAAUUGCAGUUCCACAUUUCUCCAACGCAGCAAUGGAAAACUGGGGAUGUAUCAUUUACCUGGAGCCGAUGCUGUUCUACAAAGAAGGAGCGCCCGUGUUUGAAAAGGAAACUGUACUCAAGAUCAUUGCACAUGAGAUGGCACAUCAGUGGUUUGGAAAUCUGGUGACAAUGCGAUGGUGGAAUGAAACCUGGUUGAAUGAGGGCUUUGCUACCUUUAUGACACAUGUAGUAAUGGACCACAUUGAGCCUAGUUUCAACAUGAAAGACACAUUUAGAAUUGGAGAGCUCCGAUCAGCAUUUAGUUAUGACACUACUGCCUCAACCCAUCCACUCAGCUCUCCAGAGAAAGAUGUCCAGACAACCCAUGAGAUCCUUGGGAUGUUUGAUGAAAUAACUUAUGGGAAGGGGGCGUGUGUGAUAAGGAUGUUGGAGGACUUUGUGACAGAGAAAGUUUUCCAUAAUGGAGUCAAAAUGUAUCUCAACGCCUUCCAGUAUGACAAUACUGAACAGGAUGAUCUCUGGAAGUACAUACAAAAGGCAGUCGAUGAUGAUGGUGGACAGAUCAAUGUUGCAGAAGUGAUGGAGACAUGGACCAAUCAAAUUGGCUAUCCUCUCAUCACCAUCAACACGACCAGUGGAGAGGUCACUCAGAGACGCUUUCUGAACAAUGACACCUCAGAGUCUAGUCUUUGGUGGUACGUCCCAAUUCGUUUCAUGUCAAGUACAUCUGGACCUUCAUUGGUUUGGCUGAAUACCACCAGCAUAGAAAAGAAAGAGUUUGUUGUCACAGAUGGAGACUGGAUCCUGGCAAACGUCAAUUGUACCGGGUACUAUAAGGUCAACUACGACCUGGAAAACUGGAACAGACUCUUUACUCACCUGGAAAGAGACCCACAGAGCAUCCCGAUGGUCAACAGAUGGCAAGUUAUUGACGAUGCAUUUGGCUUGGCAGAUGCAAAAAUGGUCCCUCUUACUCUGGCACUGAAUUCAACCCGCUUCCUUAAGAAAGAGAUGUCACACCUUCCCUGGCUAACAGCAGUGACAAAAUUGGACUACAUUAUGGUCAUGUUUGACCGCUCCGAGGUGUAUGGACCCAUACAGAUGUACCUGCGGAAGCAGAUCAAAGGACUUUACAACUUCUUAAGGAAAUACACUGACAACGGAACAGUUCCAGAGGACCACUCACUGCAGAUCAGCCAGCAGGUCGCUGUACGUGUGGCUUGUGUCAGUGAGCUCCCAGAAUGCCAGGCGAUGGCUACAAGGAUGUUCUCUUACUGGAUGAUAAACAAAACCAACAUCAUCCAUCCCACUCUGCGUUCAAUCAUCUACUGCCAAGCUGUGGCUUCUGGUGGGCAGGAAGAGUGGGACUUUGCCUGGGACAUGUUCCAGAAUUCCACUGACCUCACAGAAAAAGAUCAUCUGUUUGAAGCGCUUGCCUGCACUAAGAAGAUCUGGCUACUCAACAGAUAUCUGAAGUACACGUUGAUCCCUGACAAGCUCAAUAAAACAGACAGCCAUUCUGUUAUUGCCACAGUUGCCACAAAUGUUGUGGGUCAGGAACUGGCCUGGAACUUUGUCAGAGAGCACUGGGACAAUGUCACUGAACUUGGGGGAGGUUGGUUGAUUACCAAACUGACCGCAAGGUUCUCAACAGACUUUGAACUACAAGAGCUGAAACGUUUUCAGAAUGACUAUGAUGUGGAACAAUUCAGUUGGGCGGUGGAGGAGGCCAUCGAACAAACCAAGAAAAACAUCAAGUGGGUCAAUGAGAACAAACAAGCUAUACUAGAUUGGUUCCAAAGUCAGAUAGAAUAGUGUGAACAUGCAUCUGUCACUGGUUUGAAAGCUACAAAUCGAGGCCACUUGAAGUUCAGCUAAAAGGAACAAGAACACUCAAUCAUGUAAGAGGAUCCCACUCCGGCAAUUUGAAGCAUUCAACCGGUUCAGUGCUGAAUUGAUCACUUUGGUAGAUAUAUUAGGAGAUACUGGAAUUUGGGUAUAUGGAUUAAUGGUAGUUCUUUUUUUUAAUUUAAAGCAGGUAGUUCAUAGAGGGUCUUGUGAAAUCCAAUCAUGAUCAAACUCUGCUGAAAUACACUCACUUGGGAUCUGCAGCUCAAAUUUGGUGAAAAUCAGAUGCAACUUGUUGAAGUUAUCAUGGAUACAAGAAAGUGUGACUGCCACGUGGAGCACACACUGAUGAGUGUCACUCCCGGCAGGAAAUAAAAAAAGGACACUCCACCUCAACUUAAUCCACUUCAAAAUACAGAAAAGCUCAAUAGUAUAGAAGUUUUGUUAAAUUGAGGUGUGCUCCAAGUAAAAUGUGACUGGUGUAGUACCCAUAUAAAUACUCAGCACCUUGGACUUUUAUGUAUUCUUAGCCUUAAACUUGUGCAACUGGGCUACAGUUUGCGUAAUUUGAUUAGAAGCACCAUACUGUAUGUUUGUAUUGUGGUGUUCUACAUGUUAUGUAUAUCUUUUUGAUCAAUUUUUAAUGUUCAGCUUAUGUGUAAUGAAUAAAAACUGAUAACGUUU